AUGUUCCGCAACGCCCUCCGACAGUCGACGCGCGCCGUCGGCGCCGUCUCUGCUGCCGGCAGAGUCGCUGCCGUCCGAAAUGCCGCACCCGCCGUCUACAGCGCCACGUCGAUGCAGACUCGCUCAUACGCCGAGGCCAAGGCAUCCCCGACCGAGGUUUCUUCCAUUCUCGAGCAGAGAAUUCGUGGUGUCCAGGAGGAGGCUGGUCUCGCCGAGACCGGCCGCGUCCUUUCCGUCGGUGAUGGUAUCGCCCGUGUUCACGGUAUGGCCAACGUCCAGGCCGAGGAGCUUGUCGAGUUCGCCUCCGGCGUCAAGGGCAUGUGCAUGAACCUCGAGGCCGGCCAGGUCGGUGUCGUGCUUUUCGGUUCUGACCGUUUGGUCAAGGAGGGCGAGACCGUCAAGCGUACCGGACAGAUUGUCGACGUUCCCGUCGGUCCCGAGCUGCUCGGCCGUGUCAUCGACGCUCUCGGCAACCCCAUUGACGGCAAGGGCCCCAUCAACGCCAAGGAGAAGCGCCGUGCCCAGCUCAAGGCCCCCGGCAUUCUGCCUCGCCAGUCCGUCAGACAGCCCGUCCAGACCGGUCUUAAGUCUGUCGACGCCAUGGUUCCCAUUGGACGUGGUCAGCGUGAGUUGAUCAUUGGUGACCGUCAGACCGGAAAGACUGCCGUCGCUCUUGACGCCAUCCUCAACCAGAAGCGUUGGAACAGCGGCAACGACGAGACCAAGAAGCUCUACUGCGUCUACGUCGCCGUCGGCCAGAAGCGUUCCACCGUCGCCCAGCUCGUCAAGACCCUCGAGGAGAACGACGCCAUGAAGUACUCUAUCGUCGUCGCCGCCACUGCCUCCGAGGCCGCCCCCCUUCAGUACAUCGCCCCUUUCACUGGCGCUUCGGUCGGUGAGUGGUUCCGUGACAACGGAAAGCACUCCCUGAUCAUCUACGACGAUCUCUCGAAGCAGGCUGUCGCCUACCGUCAGAUGUCGCUGCUGCUCCGUCGUCCCCCUGGACGUGAGGCGUACCCCGGUGACGUUUUCUACCUCCACUCUCGUCUCCUCGAGCGUGCCGCCAAGCUGAACGACAAGCUUGGUGGUGGUUCCAUGACUGCCCUGCCCAUCAUCGAGACCCAGGGUGGUGAUGUUUCUGCCUACAUUCCCACCAACGUUAUUUCCAUUACCGACGGCCAGAUCUUCUUGGAGGCUGAGCUCUUCUACAAGGGUAUCCGCCCCGCCAUCAACGUCGGUCUGUCCGUCUCUCGUGUCGGUUCUGCCGCCCAGCUUAAGGCCAUGAAGCAAGUCGCUGGUUCCCUGAAGCUCUUCUUGGCCCAGUACCGUGAGGUCGCUGCCUUCGCCCAGUUCGGUUCCGACUUGGACGCCUCUACCAAGCAGACCCUCAGCAGAGGUGAACGCUUGACCGAGCUCCUCAAGCAGAAGCAGUACUCCCCCAUGGCCGUCAACGAGAUGGUUCCCCUCAUCUACGCCGGUGUCAACGGUCACCUCGACAACGUCCCCGUCGCCAAGAUCCUCCAGUGGGAGUCUGACUUCCUCGGCCACCUCCGCACCAACGAGUCCGACCUGAUCGCCACCAUUGACAAGGAGGGUGCUCUCAGCAAGGACCUCGAGGCUCGCCUCAAGGACGUCGUUGUCUCUUUCACCAAGAGCUUCCUGGGUUAA